UGCUAAUUCAAUGUACAAAAUAAGCAACAGUUUGUUGUUGGUCUAUGACGAAAGCUAUCAUUCAGCAUCAGAUACUCAAGUGUUUGAGAGAUUGUCAGUUAUCGUUGCAGAUAUAAUUGCUUCAAGCCUGACCAAUUUACCUCAUGUUAUACUCAAGAAAUGUAACAAUUGCGCCAUAGAAAAAUGGGAGAAAGGUAUACAGGAAGCAACUCAACCUUUGGGAGAAACUCAAGGCAUUCUGAAAGCUCUUCAAAAGCAUGAAAUUCCUAAUCUAUCACCCGAUCAAUCAAUGUAUAUUGACGAAUGGCGUACUUUACUUAAACAUACUAACCAUGGUAUUUUGGCCCCAACUUCUAGAGGUGAGAAUAUUAUUACUGCUUCAAGUGGUGAGGUGCAUUUGGAUGUACAAGAACUUCGUGCAAGUGCUACAGCAGGCAAUGCAGAGUCUCAUGUGACCGUGGAAGUGGAAGAGUUAGGAGACGAAAAAGAGAACCACCAAGCAUAAGACCUAACAUCUCCACUUUUUGGAAGUCAUUGUUUAUAAACAUCCUUUUUUCCCCCUUUUUUUGUUUGGCCAUACAAUUGUUGUGAAUUUCCAGUCAUUCAGUAACAUUUGUGUUAUCAUGAAA